CAAAAUAUUAAUUUUCAUUCAUAUUACAAUAAUUAAAUUAUUAAAUAAAUAGAACGAUGGAGAGAUCGUUUCAUAAAAUGAAUUGUUUUAAAAAUUAUGUAUUUUCAAUAAUUUUCUAUUUAUUUUUGGGUAGUAUCUCAAAAAUUAAUGGAGAUAUUCGUGUAUGGAAACAUUCUACUCAAUAUAAUAGUCCACAAAAUUGGAGAAAUGGUAAAAUACCAUGUGAUACUUCGACAGUUGUAUUUCCAACAGACUUGGAAGCCGAAAUAAGUUUUCUUCCUUUUAAGGAAACAAAAAUGAGUCAGCUAAUUUUACCCCGUACUGGAGUUUUAAAUAUACCAUCGGCUCAUAGCUCAAUUGAAUUUUAUGAUAAAUCAAAAACUGCAGCAUGUGACGGAGAAGAUCGUCUGUUUAAACAACUGAAAAAAGAACGUUGGCUUGACCCAAAUAAUUGGAUUUCAAUCACAUAUAAAAAUAACAUUGCAAUACCCGAUUUAGAACGUAUACCAUGUCAAUAUGACACUGUUCAAUUUCCUGCGGGCAUGGAAGCUGCCAUCGAGUAUCCAAAAGUAACAGUGGCAAUAGGUGCCAUAAAAGUUAAUGAGAGUGCAGCCGGUAAUGUAGUAGAACAUUCACCAGUAAAUAUUUUAAAUAUUGUAAUUAAUGAUCAAGCUGAAUGUCCGUUAAAAUCUGGAUGUUUAUGCCAUCCCGUUAAAUGGGAAGAAGAUGAUCGUUUAGAAAAAGAAACAUGUGAUAAUGAAAGAAAACAUUGCAAGCAAGUUCUUUGUUUGACUCCAAUUCGCCCAGUUGGUCAAUGUUGUGAUAUUUGUGGCUCUGUGCUUUCAAUGAAAUACACAUCAGGAUUUUCAUUAGAAGAUUUUAAAGUAUAUAUUAAAAAUUUUCUUAAGAAAAAUAACUUUGAUAAUAUUGAUUUUUACGUAAGCAAAGUUUGGGGUGAUGAAAUUCAAUUAAUAUUUCGUGAAAAAGACGAAUACAGUACAGUAAGUAACGAUGCAGCUAACCAAAUAAAAGAAUUAAUACAAAAAGAUGUUCAUUUGGGCUUACAAUUUGAUUCCAUUCAUGUGUCUGGACAAUAUUAUAAUCCAAAUGGUGUCAGUGGUAUUAAAGCUUUAUUUUUAACUUUAUUAGGUGCACUUGUGAUAAUUGGUGGCGUUUAUGUAGCUACUAAAAACUAUAAUCAAUAUCCGAUUCUUCCACCAUCAUUAAGAGAUAAUUUAAGAUUGAAUUCACUUCCAUCACUUGGUACCUACUCCCCGUUCAGAAAUUCCGGUUUUAGCUUCGCAUCUUGCUGGCCAUUUUCUUCAUAUAGUGAAUUGGAUUCAACACAAAACGAAAAUAUGGAAUUUUUACCGACUUCACACAUAAAUGACAACGAUGGGCAAAAUGGAGAUCAAGAAUUUGAAAAUCCAUUAUAUAACCAAGAAGAAAGAGUAAAUGACAGUACGAUGGACACUGAAGUGGAAUCUUAUGAAUUAGAAAAUGAUGCCCAAGAAAAUUCAAAAGGCGGAAAUGAAGACGUACCGAAGAUUGUAAAAAUUGAUACGAGUGAUCUUGUAGAGCCUUUGAUUGAACAAAUUGAUUUAUUGGAUACAAGUGACACUGAAGAUCAUGUUUCAAAUGAAUCUUUGACAUCAAAUGCUGGUCAAGAAACAUCUCAAGAAAAUUCAUUGGUGGAUGUAACUAUUGCUGACAAAGAAUUAUAACUAGGUUUCCUUGUUUUAAAAAAAAAUGUGAUGAAUAAACUUAUAAAUAUGGAUUAAA